AUGGUGGGGGGCGUGUGUGCCAAGAGAGGCGGGGCGGGAGCCCCGGGCCCCAAAGUGGCCCACAAACAGGAAGUCUCCCCAUCCUCGGGGCUCCACCCCCUGAAGGACCCCUGUGUGGCCCCAGCAGAGACCCCAGAGCCAGAGGGAAUGACCCCCGGGACCCCGAGGCCCCCCUCCCAGAGAAGCCAUACUGGAGACAAACCUCAUGAAUGUAAACAGUGUGGAAAGGCUUUCACACGGAGUGGCUCUCUUGCUGCACAUCAGAGAAUCCACACUGGAGAGAGACCUUAUGAAUGUAAACACUGUGGAAAGGCUUUCAAAGAGAGGGGCUCUGUUGCUAGACAUCAGAGAAUCCAUACUGGAGAGAAACCUUAUGAAUGUAAACAGUGUGGAAAGGCUUUUACAGAGAGGGGCCAUCUUGCUAAACAUCAGCAAAUCCAUACUGGAGUGAAACCUUAUGAAUGUAAACUGUGUGGAAAGGCUUUCACAGUUAGGGGCAAUCUUGCCAGACAUCACAGAAUCCACACUGGAGAGAAACCUUAUGAAUGUACUUACUGCAGAAAGGCGUUUGCAAACUGGGGUUCUCUUGCUCUUCAUCAGAAAAUCCAUAUUGGAGAGAAACUUCAUGAAUGUAAACAGUGUGGAAAGGCUUUCACACGGAGGGGCUCUCUUGCUACACAUCAGAGAAUCCAUACUGGAGAGAAACCUUAUGAAUGUAAACUCUGUAGAAAGGCUUUCAAAUGGAGGGGCUAUCUUGCUCUACAUCAGCGAAUCCAUAUUGGAGAGAAACCUUUUUGUUUAGAGUGAAAAAUUAGUGUCUUCUUAUUAAAGUAAUAGUUAUUAGUGUCUAUGUUAAUAAAGCUUGUUCCCUCCUCCACCCUCACCUCCCCAUCAAGCUACCUUCAAGGCAAGAUUAUCCUACCCACAUCCUUUUCCCUGAAAGACAAAAGUUUUAUAGCCUGUCAGUGUUUUGGCUGUUCUUAGAUCCUGAGUUACCCCAUGAUCAAAUCUUAAGUAUCCUUUUGUCUUAGAAGUUCUUAGAAGUAUCAAAGACUUCCCCCAGAUAGUCAAGCCCAAUGGCUGGCAUGGUACUCACUGUACCCAUUUUCAAACAUCAGACCCUUUUAGAUAAUCCAGUCCCCCCUCCCUUUUUUCUUUGUAUCUGUCUCUACCUUCCUGAUCAUUUCUUUAAAAUGUAUAUUUGCGUGAAUGUACUCGUUAUAAAGCUAUUUAACUUAAUGUUCCUGUCCUUUAUUUCUGGAUUUCAACCAUUGUUAAAAUGUUAUAGGCCCUUCCCAGAGGCUUGAUUGUAUCAGCAUUCUGCUAUAAAUAAGGGAUUUUUCUGUCACUUUUUGGAAUAUUUGUCUUAGGUUAAUGACUUGAGAUAAUGCUCCACAUUUUCUAUCUCUCUCAA